AUGGGCAACGGCACUGCAGAAGGUUCUGGCCCUUCCCACCCACACCUCACCAAGGGGGCUAACUCUCGGGACCUCCAAUCCCCGAGCAGUGAUGUAGGCACCCCAUUGACUCUGAUUGGCUGGGCCGGGGAAAGAGGCGGGCUCUCCCAGGAGAGGGAGCAGAGAAGGGCAGCUGCCAACAGCGAGCCAGGUGCCCUGUCCCUGGCUCUCCUGAGGGCCGCUGAGGUGACCACCAGUAUGCAGAAACUUCAGCGCCGGAUCUCAGAGAUCUUUCAGAGGAAGACUAAAGAAACACCGCUGGAACAACGUCAAGCCUGUGUCAUAGAUAACUCCAAGUUGAAGUCUGUCCAGGGAAUUGUGACCCAUCUCUGUACCGACUAUGGCUGGAUUAAUGAGUCUAUCUUUUUCAAUACUGAUGUGGUGUGUGGUAACAUCCCUGUGAACAUUGGGACCAAUGUUAUUGCUCUUGUGGAAGAAACAAAAACAACUCAUACACUGAAAGCAGCCAAGGUGAAGGCCAUGACUAAUCUUCUUGGUGAUACUGAGGAAUCAGUCCUUGAUAGAGAACUUUGUAUUAGGUGUGUCACCUCAGUAACACAGGACAACAUCUAUAUCAGCCGGGAAACUUUUUUCCCUGUCAAGCUGUUUUCAGGAGAAUUUAAGCCUCUCAAAGGAGACUUGUUGCUGAUUGAAUAUUCUUUGAAGCCUGGAAGUUCAGACAUGAAAAUUCACUCUGUGAGCCCCCUCAGCUCACAGAAUAUCAAAGAGGUCUGUGUGACCAGCCUUGACGGAAGAACUGGUGUGGUGGAAACCAGCAUCUUUUUCACAUUGGAUUCCCUCCAGAAGCCUAAAGGUUAUAUACCAGAGCUCUAUGACAUCGUGAACGUGGUUGCUGUGGACAGCAUUCAGCCACACUGUUCUCGGAGAGCAGUAUCAAUGUUCCCAGCGGAAAUGUGUAUUGGCCAAGCCUUAUAAUUCAUUUUCAACAUUAUUUCUAAGGCUCUGGUUUAAUAAAAUAAUAUGAGCAUGUAA